AUGACGCCAAACGGCAAGCUCGAUCGCAAGGCUCUCCGCACAUUGCCAUUACCCGCGGCACAACCCAUUCGGGAAAACAGGAUGAAGACUAAGCAUCCCCCCUUGAAUGUCGCAGAAGGUGAACUUAGCCGAUUGUGGCGCCAGAUUCUUGGUGACGUUGUCGGUGGAGCUUCGAUCCAAGCAGAAACGGAUUUCUUCGCUAUUGGCGGAAGCUCAUUGCAGCUGGUUCGCCUACAAAACGCUCUGCGCGAGCGCAUGGGAGUCGAGGCAUCUCUUCAUGACAUUUAUCGCUUGAGUAGCCUCGGAAAAAUGGCUGCACUUAUGUGCGAUGAGAGGGGCCGCUUGGAGUCUGAUGCCAUUGACUGGUCGGCGGAGACAGACAUACCUCAUGUGCAGACGGUUAUUGAGACAGCUGCGGUCAGCAACGUUUCAGACCAUCAAUUUGAAAUUACUGGUACUUUGCGUCAAAAGAAGGAAGUCGUUUUGACUGGCGCCACCGGGUUCUUGGGAUCCGAGAUCCUCAAGGGCGCUAUUGCAUGA